UACUUGUAGAGUUCUCUAUGUCUACACAGGGUGGCAAAAACUGCUGGGACUGGGACUGUAUUGGAGAAAGAAAAAUGUAACACUGGUGCACCAGUCAGGCUGAUUCUAACUAGAAAGGAAGAUCAGAAACUGGAGAGUUAGAAAAAUCAGUUGUGUCUUGAGGAGACUAAACAUGGCACCAUAGGCAGAUUACUCCGGGUGGUUUUAAAAGUUGUGUCUUAAGAUAGCCUGCAUCCCUCUCAUUGCGCAUGUUUUUGUUUGUCUGUUUUAAGCCUUAUUCCAAAUGUUCUUCCACAUCAGUUUUUGUGUGCGUAUGCUAUUUUGCUGUUUCUGUUUUGUUUUUAGUAGGCAACAAAUAAUGGCAGCUACGGGGGAUCCAGGACUCUCCAAAUUGCAGUUUGCCCCCUUUAGCAGUGCCUUGGAUGUUGGAUUCUGGCAUGAGUUGACCCAGAAGAAGCUGAAUGAGUAUCGGCUGGAUGAAGCUCCCAAGGACAUUAAGGGUUAUUACUACAAUGGUGAUUCUGCUGGGCUGCCAGCUCGUUUAACAUUGGAGUACAGCGCGUUUGACAUGAGUGCUCCCACCCCAGCCCAUUGCUGCCCAGCUGUUGGAACACUUUAUAACACCAAUACACUUGAGUCCUUCAAGACUGCAGAUAAGAAGCUACUUUUGGAACAAGCAGCAAAUGAGAUAUGGGAAUCAAUAAAAUCAGGCACUGCUCUUGAAAACCCUGUACUUCUCAACAAGUUCCUCCUCUUGACAUUUGCAGACCUAAAGAAAUACCACUUCUACUAUUGGUUUUGCUACCCUGCCCUCUGUCUCCCAGAGAGUAUACCUCUCAUUCAAGGGCCAGUGGGUUUACAUCAAAAGUUUUCACCAAAACAGAUUCAAGCUCUUGAGCAUACAUAUGAUGAUCUUUGUCACACAGAAGGAGUCACAGCCCUACCUUACUUCUUAAUCAAGUAUGAUGAGAACACAGUGCUGGUUUCCUUGCUUAAACACUGCAGUGAUUUCUUCCAAGGUCAAAGGACAAAGAUAACAGUUGGUGUAUAUGAUCCUUGUAACUUAGCCCAGUACCCUGGAUGGCCUUUGAGGAAUUUUUUGGUCCUAGCAGCCCACAGAUGGAGUAGCCAUUUCCAGUCCGUGGAGGUGCUCUGCUUUCGGGACCGCACCAUGCAGGGAGUGAGAGACAUCGCCCACAGCAUCGUGUUUGAAGUGAAGCUUCCAGAAAUGGCGUUUAGCCCAGAUUGUCCUAAAGCAGUCGGAUGGGAAAAGAACCAGAAAGGAGGCAUGGGACCAAGGAUGGUGAACCUCAGUGAGUGCAUGGACCCUAAAAGGUUAGCUGAGUCAUCCGUGGAUCUGAAUCUCAAAUUGAUGUGUUGGAGAUUGGUCCCUACUUUGGACUUGGACAAAGUUGUGUCUGUCAAAUGUCUGCUGCUUGGAGCCGGCACCUUGGGCUGUAAUGUAGCCAGGACACUAAUGGGCUGGGGCGUCAGACACAUCACAUUUGUGGACAAUGCCAAGGUCUCCUACUCCAAUCCCGUGAGGCAGCCUCUCUAUGAAUUUGAAGAUUGCCUAGGGGGUGGUAAGGCCAAGGCCCUGGCUGCAGCAGACCGGCUCCAGAAAAUAUUCCCCGGAGUGAAUGCCAGAGGGUUCAAUAUGAGCAUCCCCAUGCCUGGGCAUCCAGUGAACUUCUCCAGCGUCACCCUGGAGCAAGCGCGCAAGGAUGUGGAGCAACUGGAGCAGCUCAUCGAAAGCCAUGAUGUCAUCUUCCUGUUGAUGGACACCAGGGAGAGCCGGUGGCUUCCUGCUGUCAUUGCUGCGAGCAAGAGAAAGCUGGUCAUCAAUGCUGCAUUGGGAUUUGACACGUUUGUGGUCAUGAGACAUGGCCUGAAGAAACCUAAGCAGCGAGGAGCUGGGGUCUUGUGUCCCAGCCACCCUGUGGCAUCUGCUGACCUCCUAGGCUCAUCCCUUUUUGCCAACAUCCCUGGCUACAAACUUGGCUGCUAUUUCUGUAAUGAUGUGGUGGCCCCAGGAGAUUCAACCAGAGACCGGACCUUGGACCAGCAGUGCACUGUGAGCCGCCCAGGACUGGCCAUGAUUGCAGGAGCCCUGGCAGUGGAGUUGAUGGUUUCUGUUUUGCAGCAUCCAGAAGGGGGCUACGCCAUUGCCAGCAGCAGUGACGACCGCAUGAAUGAGCCUCCAACCUCCCUUGGGCUUGUGCCUCACCAGAUUCGGGGAUUUCUGUCACGGUUUGAUAACGUCCUUCCUGUCAGCCUAGCAUUUGACAAAUGUACAGCUUGUUCUUCCAAAGUUCUUGAUCAAUAUGAACGAGAAGGAUUUACUUUCCUAGCGAAGGUGUUUAAUUCUUCACAUUCCUUCUUAGAGGACUUGACUGGUCUUACGUUGCUGCAUCAAGAGACCCAAGCUGCCGAGGUAAGAACAAAACAGGCUUUCUGUGGUGAGGACUGAUGCGUUCAACACCCAUUUAAUAUUCAGCUUUACGGGAACAGGAGAAGGCAAUUAAUUAUGAUAUUUUUUCCUUAGAGCAAAUAUUACUAAAUAAGUCUGCUAGGUAUCAGAGUAGAAGGAACCUACUGAAAUUGCUGGAUGCUAAUGUACGUGAGUUGCUAUCUGGUAGGUGCCUAAUGCACAAAAAACUGCCAAUAAUGGAAGUGCAAGUUAUUGAUUUCCCAAGAUCCUCCUGUCCUCACUGGAGAUCUGCAUGUCUGUGGCCAUUGGAGUGUCGGAUCUAAUGUUCACAUAUCAAAAUGCAAGUCAGUUAAGACAUGGGACUGUGGCCAUGUUCUUCAAAAAGAGCAUGCCUGGGUUUUACUUUAGAUUUUCAUCAGUCUUAGGCUACAGAACCCCACCAUGAAAUGGCUUCCCCAUUCCCAACUUGAGAGAGUUAUUGUGCACCAUUCAACUCUGAGGGAAGUGUUGAUGGGUCACAGGGAGGCUGGCCACUGUUUGGUAGCUGCUUUUUCACUAUGUCUUUCAUAUCCUGCUUUUGUUUGCAAGUUAGAAAUAUUCUGCAGACUAUAAUUUCCUGGGGUACCACAUCAUGUUUUUUUAAGAAGACUGAGUUUAAAAGAUAAUCAUUUGUUUUUUCCGAAAGCUCACUGUUCUUAGAAGGGAACAAUGUAUAUGGUGGUGGAGCUAUUCGUGUCACUUAGAAAAAUGGACAAUUCCUACAAAUGGGUAGAUGUUAUCAACAUCUUUUCCCCUUGGUUGCUUGGAUGAAGAAGCUGUUAAGAAAAAUGUUGCCUGUCAUAGCGUUUCUACAAACUACAUAAGGAAAGCCUUGAUUGCCUAUGCCUGAGGAGUGGGACACUUGCAAAGUUGCCAUUAGUCCUAUUCAUUGAUAAAACUCUCCCUGGGGCUGUGUGUCCUUACCAUUGGGGGAGGCUGCAAGUGGUCAGUGAGUAGAUGGCCAGGCCCAGUACCGGUGGGAGGUGGGGCAGUAUGCUGUUUAGAAGAGCCAAACUGGGACUGGGUGUCAAAAAAGCAUGUACAAAUAACAGAGUUGUUCAAACAUACCAGGGAGGUGAGGUGGUUCAUCUGUAGUGCUAGACUUAGAACUGAAACUUUUUAUUCUUUAACUUGCUUUGGUAUCCUCUGGAUUUUCAACAAAUGCAGUCUUCCACUUAGGACCAAUAGUUAAAACCACAGGCACCCUCUUACCUUCAGUUUCAGAAAAUGAAUGGCAUCUCUGAAGAGCUUUGAAAGACUUGGAGAUCUUCCCCAGGGUUAUGAUUGGGUUUCCAGAGAGGGCUCAGAUCAUGGUAUUGACCAUGGCAGCCAUCUUGUCUCUUGAGUGGUGCUGUACUGCCUGAUGGGACAGUUCUGCUCUGUCCUGUAGGGUUGCUAUGAGUUGGAAUUGACUUGACGGCAGUGGGUUUGGUUUUGGUUUUGACACUGCCUAAUGGUAAGGGAUAAAUAACUUAUAGAUUUUUUCAACCGUAUAAUCACUUGACUGUUUGGCUGUGGGAAUUUUCCACCCAGCUAGAAAUACUUGACAUAUUUUUCUUAAGUUGGCUAGAAGAAUUGCAAGUUGAAAUUGACCCCAUAUUUCACUCUUUAAAUCAGAGCAGAUGCUGGGAUAAUGGGCAGAUUCCUUCAUUUAACCUGGUAUGUUUUGCAUUUCAGUUGGAUUAAUAGCCUUUUCAGAAACUCAAGAAGAGAAGGGGAUAUUUAAAAGAGGAAUAGUUAUGACUAAACGGAUGGGAGCAGGGGGCGUGGCUUCAUCCACAAAUUUCAGUUUUCUUUUUGAGUUUUUCUUCCAUUAAAUUUCAUUUAUAGUUUUGGAAUCAUAAGCCACCCAUCAAAUUUUAGAUUAGAGGUGGUAAGCUGGCUGGCCUAUGAGCCAGAUAAGGCUUACAGGUGUGUUUUGUUUGGCCUGCACUAUGUAUUAAAUUUGAAUUAAGCCAACAUUUAAAAAUCAUGAGUUUUAUGUAAAAGUUUUAAUUUACAUAUUUCUAGCUUCUUUGAAAAGUCAGAUCUGGCAACUCCGAGACUGCAUUUGUGAAUAGCAAUGGUUAGUUGGAGCUGAGAAGCGAAGCUUAUAGAUAAAUAAUGCACUUGAUGAUGCUCUUUAAUUGAUGGCUCUUAAAGGUAUUUGAGUUUCCAGCCCAUGUCUUAGAAAAAGAUUAUUAUUUUUCUUAAAAAUCACUUAGUAGGACUCUGUUUUAAGAUAAGGGGCAAAAUAAAAUGCUCACGAAAGGACCUCAUAGCAACAAAAAUCAUUGUCUAACAUCAUUUUAAAUUACCUUGAAAAAAAUGUGUAUGUGUGUAUAUAAGUAAAAUAAACAUUUAUAUAAAAAAUCCACAUAUCUAUGUAAAGGUAGUGUUUUGAUUUAUGUGUUUGAUUCCCAGUGCAUUCACCAAUGUUCAGUAAUAAAAAUUCAAAAUUCUUCCUUCUAUCUAAAAUGUCCCAAUUUAUUUAUUUUAGUAACGUAAUCAAGAAGAUCAAUUAGUUCUCAUCUUGGGUUGUUUUCAUCAAUCAACAUUAGAAUUGUAAAAGAGUCAACCAGAUAAUUAUAUACAAUAUGUAACAUUGUACACCUUGUUUACAAAAUAUGUAUUUGUGCAAAGACUAUCUUUAAAAAAAUUCCUGAACAUCUUUUGAAAAUGUAGGUGCCAGGUGCUGUGCUAGUAACUGAAUACAGAAGCUAACGAGACACUGUCCUGGCCCUCAGAGCUCAUAGCCUAGUGUGAGAAGCAGAGAUGUAAACAGUGAGCUCUAAUAUCAUUGGAGCCCUAGUGGCAUAGUGCUUAAGAGCUCACUGUUAACCAGAAGAUUGGCAGUUCGAAUCCACCAGCCAGCUCCUUGGAAACUCUGUGGGGUAGU